UGUUUACGAAGAAAACAGAUCUUGCUUAGACAAGAAGAAGGGCUCGUCUGCAGAGAGGAGAGCAGUUUGACUGAAUUAUUCAGCAUAGGCUCUUCCACAACAAAACAUAUUGUUCUUUUUAAAUAACCCAUCUAUUUCCUUUUGUGCACUGAUCAUUUUUCGUUUUUAUUCAUCCUGUCUACGGAAUGUUUUUCUUGCUGCACUUUGUUUUGCUAAGCAUUGCUUUAGCGGACAGAACACCCAAUGCUGAAGACUGCAUCAAAUCCAACGGCAUAGAGUACAGAGGGGAUCAACAGAGCUCCUACACAGGACUAACCUGUCUGAACUGGACCAACACAACCCGGGACUAUGAUGUUAUGGCGUAUAGAGAUUCACAAAUGGGUAUUGGGGAGCAUAACUACUGCCGUAACCCAGACUCAUCUGAGAAGCCCUGGUGCUACGUGACUGGCCCAGAUGCUGUGGCACAGAGACAGUCAUGUGACAUUGACACCUGCAAAGACGAAGCCCCUACAGAGGCAGAAGAAGGCCCCCUCACCACAGCAAAGACAGAGAUCUUUGAGCCGGCCAAGUCUGGGCUUGCCCAGGGAGGGGGUAAUGCAGUCCAGCCAGUCAUGGGCAUCAUCCAGAGGGUACGCACAGGACCCAAGAAGAAGAAGGACCUGGGCACUCUUGGCUAUGUGGUUGGCAUCCUCAUGAUGUCCAUUAUCAUCCUCCUCGGGGUGGGCAUCACCGUCGGAUACUUCUACAAGAGAGGUCGGGACCUGAAGCAGCAGCAUGACCAGCGUGUGUAUGAGCGGGAGAUGCAGAGGAUCACCCUGCCCCUGUCGGCCUUCUCCAACCCAACCUGUGAGUUGCUGGAUGAAAACACCAUCGUCAUUACGGCCGAGAAGCAGACCCCCACCCAGGAUGGUAUGGUAGGGGAGGGGGGAGACCCCCUGAUGGGCCAUCAGGCUGGUACACCAGGAGCCUGAGCACUGACCACCCCACUAGACUGGGAAUGGACCAUGACAUUCGAACCUCAGAGGAUCAAAACACUCCCCUAGCCUGACCUCCCUCUGCCCCCAAAUCACCCCCCUUUUAAAGGCCUACAAGGAGAAGGGAUGAGCUCCAAAGACUGAACUGUGUCCUUAUUGCCCUGCUUAUAACACACACACACACACACACACACACACACACACACACACACACACACACACACACACACACACACACACACACACACACAC